AGAAAACAACCACACCAUACUAGAUCGUAGCCUAUGGAAUACAAGGGAGGCACAACCACAAGUUCCGUCUUCCACAGCUCGCUCUGCUAAAUUCUGCAGCAAAUAUGAAGAGGAAAAUGCGUGCUUAGAACGCGGACUGUUUAUGACCAUCGGAUGUUAUACAUGACAUACGGCGUGUUCUUUUGCAUUUCAAUUCAACAGUUUUACUGUUUAAGUACCUGGUUUAUCGAAGUUCCCCUGAACUUGCCCAAUACGGGAGUAUUUCUGAGAUGGCUUCGGGAUGGAUGGGUACCUGGAACUGGGGAAAUGAACAAUUACUCCACUAAAGCGAACGAAACCUUGUUCAGCGUAGACAUUACAAACAGGACUGGCUGCAGUGUCAGGUGCGGAAAUGCUCCAGUUAGUUUGGCGUGUGCAUUUUGCUGUCAGGGCGAGGAGAAUAAAAAACAUUUGGGUGGCUGCCAUUGGACCGGACACUGACUGGGGCUGACUGAUGUUUGUCCACUGGAAUAUGUUUUGGCGACGGAAGAUCAAUACUACUUUGACGCUGGUCACAAGAGAAGGUGCCAGCCUCCAUAUUCUCUCUCAUACCGUCAAAGAGGACCUGCCUGCCGACUCUAAUGGAUAUAUUAACAUCUGAUCGCGUUCCAUGUUAAAUGUCCUCUCCUGUUGGUAUUAUUAUUACCGGUCGAUCCGAGCCCUUUCGUUUUAAUUGAGCAUGACUUUUAAUCCUUUUUACAAAAAGAUUGAGACAUAAGCCCAUUGUGUCUAAUUUUUUUAUAUUAGAUCGGAGGUGAACACUACAGGAUCCUGUUUCCAGAUGUAAGUUCGACACAAUGCGAUUGAUGUUGCUUAGGUGUAUGCUUCAGUCAGACUUAGCCUUCGUAAAUGACUUCACUCUAUUCUGUUUGCGGCCAGUUCCUCAUAUUUAUGACUGAUAACAACAGACUUGUGCUGCAUCUCCCACUUCUGUGAAUGCUAUCGCCGCACCAGAGGAGACCGAUGCCACAUGAAACAAGCUCGUAUAUAAUAUACUUCAGUCGGAAAGGUUAAAGCUACACAGAGGAUCACUGACAUUUCAUAUAUUUCAUUCGUGUGACCAAUGUUUGUCUCUGUAACUGUUUUUAAAACUGGAGAAAAUACUUGAACUGGAUGUAAUCAUGCCAACACUUACAGUCAUGCCACUUUAACCGUGUUAAAAGACAGAACUUUGAAAUCAUGGCUGAAAAGGGCAUUCAACACUUCAUAUUUUUGGUUUACUUAUUUGCUACCGGAGAUGCUUUUUCUGGUAUCUUCAAUGCAUCGGACAAAGAUUUUUUUAGUGACUAUGGGCAGCUAAAACUUACACAGGAUAGAGUGCCAGAACUCCGAAAACUUCAAGCCACUAAUCCUCAUCCCAACCUCUAUUUUAACCAAGCGGAUAUACAAGUCAUGAGGCAAAGGUCCACUACUACACACAGCCACAUCUUCAAAGUCAUCAGAGCAGCUGUGUUAACGAUGCUCUCCAGUCCUCCGCUCUACAUGCCCCCAGCAAGGCAUGAGGAGUUCUCCAGUAAGUGGAAUGAGAUUUAUGGGAACAAUUUAGCACCUCUGGCACUGUAUUGUUUACUGACUCCGGAGGACUCCGCUGCCCUUCAGUUUCUGCUCAAGUUUAUGGACCGCAUGGCGGAGUAUCCAGACUGGAAAGUCACGAGUGCCCCAAAUGACGAGGUGCCUAUGGCUCACUCACUCACUGGAUUUGCAACCGCCUUUGACUUUAUUUCUUCUAAUCUGGACCAGCAGAGACGGGAUCUUUAUCUGAGGAGGAUACGCACAGAGACAGAGGAGUUGUAUGAAACAUCUAAAUACAGAGGCUGGGGGAAGCAGUUUCUACAAAAUCACCAGACCACAAAUAUCCUUGCCAUUCUGACUGGUGCUAUUGUGGUCGGCACGCACGAUGACCCAGAGAGUAUGGUUUGGAAGCAGGUUUCAGUGAACUAUAUGGAAAAGACCAUGUUCUUACUGAACCAUGUUGUAGAUGGCUCUUUAGAUGAAGGGGUGGCAUAUGGAAGUUACACAGCUAAGUCAAUCACUCAAUAUGUGUUUCUUGCACAGCGCCACUUUAAUAUAGAUAACACACAAAACAACUGGCUGCGCAAUCACUUCUGGUUUUAUUAUGCUACCUUACUACCAGGCUUCCAGAGGACAGUGGGGAUAGCUGACUCCAAUUACAACUGGUUCUAUGGACCUGAGAGUCAGCUAGUUUUCUUGGACACCUUUGUAAUGAAAAACGGCACAGGCAAUUGGCUCGCACAACAAAUAAGGAAGCACAGGCCUAAAGAUGGUCCAAUGGGCCAGUCCUCAGCCCAGCGCUGGACUACGCUCCACACUGAGUUCAUUUGGUACGAUGCUCAUCUGACCCCCCAGCCCCCUCAGGGCUAUGGCACACCCCGGAUGCACAUCUUCUCGAACUGGGGGGUUGUAACGUAUGGCGCAGGUUUACCCAACAACCAGGGCAACACUUUUGUCUCUUUUAAAUCUGGCAAGCUAGGCGGCAGGGCUGUCUAUGACAUCGUCCAUGCCAAGCCCUAUACGUGGGUUGAUGGUUGGAACAGUUUCAACCCAGGACAUGAACACCCAGACCAAAACUCAUUUACUUUUGCCCCCAAUGGACAGGUGUUUGUAUCUGAGGCUCUGUACGGGCCCAAAUACAGCUACUUGAACAAUGUGCUGGUGUUUAGUCCUUCCCCCAGCAGCCAGUGCAACGCCCCCUGGGAAGGCCAGCUCGGUGAAUGUGGCAAGUGGUUGAGGUGGACAGAUGAGGGCGUCGGGGAAAGUGCUGGUGAAGUGGUGGCGGCAUCGUCUCACCAAGACCUCGUGUUUGUUAGCGGUGAGUCGGCCCCAGCGUAUUCAUCCGCCAUGAGGCUGAAGAGUGUUUACAGGGCCCUUGUGCUGCUCAACUCCCAGACUCUGUUAGUGAUUGACCAUGUGGAAAAACGGGAAGACUCACCGGUGAACACGCUCAGUGCAUUCUUUCACAACCUUGACAUUGACUUUAAAUACGUCCCCUAUAGGUUCAUGGACAGGUACAGUGGAGCACUGAUGGAUGUUUGGGAUGCCCAUUAUAAAAUGUUCUGGUUCGAUAGUCAGGGUUUCAGUCCAGACACUAGAAUCCAGGAGGCGGAGCAGGCUGCCGAGUUUAAAAAAAGAUGGACGCAGUUCAUCAAUGUCACCUUCCCCAUGCAGAGUACUAGAAGCAGAAUGGCCUAUGUAAUGCAUGGGCCCUAUGUCAAGGUGUCCAACUGUAGAUUUAUAGACGACAGCAAAAACGGUGUGCGCCUUUCAGUCAUCAUUAACAACACUGAGAAAAUCAUCUCCAUAGCAACUAACCACAGAGACAUAGGGGCACGUUCCAGCUACCUUGGUUUUGGCGGAUUUGCCAAAAUUGAAGACAGACAUCAAAUAGUCCGCUUUGGCCUGGGUGCACAACUCAUCCCAAAGCAAACUACAGUUGACAGUCAGCUAUUUGACUUUGGAUUCACAGUAAACGUGAUAGCUGGGGUAAUACUUUGUGUUGCCAUUGGAUUUCUGACACUCCAGAGAAAGUUCUAUGUGUGCUUCAGCAAACUGAUGCGCUAUGCUCUGCUCUCUGUUCUCCUCCUCUGGAUCUUUGAGCUGUUGUUUGUCUCAAACAGCUGUGACCAGCUACUAUGUGGGGUGAAGUGGAAAGGUGUCGCCACCAACCCCGAGGUCAGCAAACAGAUGAGGCUUUAUGAACAGCACCACUUUCCCUUGCCUACUAUCGUCAUAACAACCCUGCCUGGCUCAGGGUCAGACAUUCUUAAGCACCUUUUCUAUAACAACACAGAUUUUGUCUACCUGCGAGUUCCUACAGAGCACCUAGAUAUUCCAGAGACUGAGUUUGAGUUUGACUCCUUGGUGGAUGCUUGUGAGUGGUCCAAAGCCGAUGCCCAGCUGGGAAAGUACAAAAUCAUCCAGGGCUGGCUGCACUCGCUGGUCCAUGACACCCAUCUGCACCUGCAGAACAUUCCACUCCACGAGGCAGCCCGAGUGAAGCUAUCCUCCAGGUCGAGCUCCUCAAGGGACCGGAGGAAGAGGACCAGACGGAGGGAGCUGGUAGCUGAUGCGAGGGGGAAAGUGCGGGGAAGCAUUGAACGGGAUGUUGAGUAUUUGCGUGAGCUACGCAGGCACAUUGGGGAGUAUCCUAAUUCACGGGUGGUGCUAAACCUCAGAAGUGGCAGUUGGACAUUAAAACUACCCUUCAUUCAGGAAGUGGUGGGGCCAUCUCUGAGGGCUAUUUAUGUGGUCAGGGACCCUCGGGCCUGGAUCUACCUAAUGCUCUAUAACAGUAAGCCAAGCCUGUAUGCCCUUAAAAACAUUCCACAGCACUUGGCCCUGAUGUUCAAAGAGAACAUCAACAGGGACAGAUGCCCAGCGUUUGCCCAGGAGUAUCGGCCUCUCUGGCGACUCCUUUCACGCUCGGAGACAAACCCUGUCCUGCUGCUUGCCCACCUGUGGCUGGCGCACACCUCUGCUGUCCUCCGCAUCAGCGCCACGCUGCCGGAGGCGGCAUACCUGCGGGUGAGGUUCGAGGAUGUGGUGAACUCUCCACACGAGGCGGCUGAGAGGAUUCACUCGUUCCUCGGUGUCCCAGUAACACCCUCAGCACUAAACCAACUGAUGUUCACCACUUCUACAAAUCUGUACAAUUUAAUGUAUGAAGGGGACAUAUCACCAGCCAACAUCAAUAUAUGGAGGCAGAAUUUGCCUCGGAAAGAAAUCAGACUCAUUGAAGACACAUGUGGCUUUUUGAUGAAGAGGCUUGGAUAUUCCAGGUAUAACAGUUAAAUGCUGCAGGUCAGCUGUUAUAAUGUAUAUUUAUUUAGGCAUUUUUUUUGUUGUAUUUUUGCACUGGUGGGAAGCGUGAGUCAGUUUACAUAAAGCAGAGGAGUAAAAGGAAAUUCUGAAAAGGUACAGGUGAUGCUGAUAUUUUUCUUUGUUAUGUCGGAGUAAUCAUGAUCAUUUUUGGUAUCAUUUGUUGGUAUAUAAGUGAAAUUUUAUAUUAAAAUGAGAUUAAGGGAAAUCAUUUUUCUCCUUCCUGUUUUUCAGUACAAAGAAUAUUGUCAAAAUGCUUUAGUGUUUCUUUUGGUGUGAAAUUAUGAACUUAGUUGCCUCUGAGAAUAUCUACGCAUUAUAUUAUUUUUGUAGUUAACAUACCUGAAUCUGUUAUGAACAGUUUUUUUUUUUUUUCAAAAACAUGAAUAUAAUAUGCCAGAUGUCACAUAACAAUGUGUUUAAACUUGGUGAGGAAGUGCUCCUCGUGAAACUGUUGGAGAGAGCCUUUCACUCAUGAUUGUGAUGACUGUGUGUCAGUAAUGUUGCACUCUGCUGUAGAGAUUGCUGCGCUUCUGCAGCUGCAGAUACUGUGUGUAGUGUUUUAAGCCAGAGAAGAGGUGCUGGAACUGUAAUUGACUUGAAAGCUUAAGCUUAGUCUGCAUUGUGUAAAAUCGAGGGUGUUAGCUGUAAUCUCCUGAGAGGAACAUAUUAAGCCUAAAGCUUUGUAUUACAAUACACAUUGAAGCCCAAAGGUUCAGUUACUAAAAUAUCUUCUCGUUUUUUUUUUUUUUUUUUUUAAUCUGUGUCUGUGAAUAUAUUCCAGUUCCCACUCCACACCCACUCUCUUUUCUUCUCAAAAGGCUGCAGAGUGCAGCUGAUAGUGAUAGACAUCUCCCAAACCAGCCACCACAUAUUUCGACAGGCAUCAGGGGGAGAUCAAACUACAGUUUGUCUCCCAGGAUUUGGAUCCGUUCUCAGUCUGUCCGCCUCUCUGAAGCAUCAUAUACAGUAUGCUAUAUGAUUGCUACAAUAUGCCAUAACCAAACUCAUCUCACUACUGCAGCCAUACCCAUAGAAAAGCCCCAAAACAAAUGCACAUGAUUCUAAGCUUUCAUUUUCUGUAGCAUUCAGUCCCAUGUGUCUCACCGAACAGUCCCAAAACAGUCCCUCUAGAACAGGACAGUUAUAUUAGAUGUGGACAUUGAAAGAGUGACGCUGUGAGAGCUUCGGGGUCAUACAACCAGAUGACAAUGCGUCCCUCAGACAUCUCUUUUCACUCCUAGGUGCUUUGGUUUCUCUCCGAAAGAACUUUUGGAACCCCUCAAAUAUAUAAUGUGAGCCUUGAAAUAUAUAAUGCCAGUACUUUUAGCAUCAUGAACAGUUGAUGUGUAUUUUCAUAUCAUGUGUAACUGCACA